GAUAUACAAUCUGGAGAGGGGGGUCUACUCCAGGUUUGCAUGGAAGGGGUGGGCCUUCUUUUUGCAAAUUCCAAGGAUUUUGAGUUUUUCGUGAGACUGGACCAUAUACGCAAAUGUUUCACUCAGAAAGAAGGGAUCUUUGUCCUGGAGGAGUUUAAUCCCAAAACGAGGAAAAUUGUCCAACGAAAGUACAAAUCUGCGAUGGCCGAUCAAAUAUGCUACGCUGUUCUCUGUGUAUUCUCCUAUGUUGCUGCUGGGCAGAACCGCAAGAUGGCGGACAAAGUUGUGAAACGAAAUGUUGCGGGGCAUUUGCCCUCGGGUGGUGUCUCACCACGUGGACCAAUGUAUUCAGACCGCGCUAGUCUGCAAUUUAAACGAAAAUGAAUUUAAAUUUAGUUUUACAAUAGUUAAUUCUUUGUGAUAAAACUCAUCCAAUCCCUAUCCAUAUCAUUAUAUUGACAAUGUGAUACUAUUAAUUAUCAUUACAAGUAAUUGAAUAUAUUGUUUUAUAUAAAAAUACUUUUUCAUUUUUAA